CUAUGAUUUCACUGCGGAGGUUUGUGCAGCUGUUGGUGUUGUCGAUCCAAAGCGGAUGGUGGGGGGUCGCGCCGAGCCCCACCGAUGAGGGAGCACUCCGGGCCGGCCACGGGGAGCACGGUGAGCCGGGACACCAGGAGCCCCACAAAGACUCUUACAGCACAUUCGCUUCUGAGUUCUUGGAGUCCAGAUAUCUGUCCGAUGACGGUUAUCCAUUCCCCACCGCCCCACCAGUGGAUCCCUUUGCCAAGAUCAAAGUCGUCGACUGUGGAGUAACCAAAGGAUGCAUAAGAUAUGGGAAACCAGGGUGUGAUGCAGAGACGUGUGACUACUUUCUGAGUUAUCGUCGCAUUGGGACAGAUGUGGAGUAUGAAAUGAGUGCAGAUACUGAUGGCUGGGUGGCCGUAGGUUUCUCCUCUGACAAGAAAAUGGGAGGCGAUGAUGUCAUGGGCUGUGUGCACGAUGAUAACGGACGCGUGCGGAUUCAUCACUUUUACAAUGUUGGCCAGUGGGCCAAGGAGAUCAAGCGGAACCCAGCCAGAGAUGAAGAGGGCAUUUUUGAAAACAACCGUGUGACCUGUCGCUUCAAGCGGCCGUUAUACGUUCCCAGAGAGGAAACACUUGUGGACUUACACCUGUCAUGGUAUUACCUGUUUGCAUGGGGACCGGCCAUACAAGGUUCCAUCACAAGGCAUGACAUCGACAACCCACCAGUCAGCGACCACAUGAUCAGCAUCUACAAGUACGAGGACAUCUUCAUGCCUUCUACAGCCUACCAGACCUUCAACUCCCCCCUCUGCUUACUGCUCAUAGUAGCCCUCACCUUCUACUUACUAAUGGGAACGCCGUAAUGAAGAUCAGCAGAGCACAGUGGGCAAAAAGAAGGAAGAGAAGAUGAAGCAGCUAUAAAACAAGUUUCCAUUUUUGUUUGAUGCCACAUUCAAGUGUGCACUUUGUAAAGAGAGACACUGUAUUAGAUAUAUUAAACAAGAUAGAGAAAAUAUAUUCAUUACUCUGAACUCAUAGCAAAGAUUUGACAAAUUGUUAAACUUACAGUAUAGUGUAGUGCUGUCAUGUACUGGUGUCAGUACAAAACAAGAGGUCUAAUAAAAGUAUUAUAGUUUAAAAUAGGCCAUCUAUUUCCAAUAUUUAUGAUAGCUUCUGCACAUUUAAAACUAUGAGGACUACACAUGCCAAAAUGAAUACAUCUUACAAGUCUCUGAAAUACUGCAUGCACUGGGAAAUCACUGCUGAGAAGAAUAAAGGACCUGAAAAUGUGAAGCACCCACUGUCGACUGGUGAUGAGAAGGCAGACCCUCAUGUUGAACUUGGCUGAAACACACAAAAUGUUUCUGAGGACAAAAAUAAACCCAACAGCCCACAGGUUUUUGCUAACAUUCAUCCUCAUA